GCAGCCCCAGCGCAGACGGAGCCGCUCGGUCCCGGUGCCGCUCGGUCCCGGUGCCGCCCGGUCCCGCCGCGAUGCCCUCGGACCGGCCCUUCAAGCAGCGCCGCACCUUCGCGGAUCGUUGUAAAGAAGUGCAGCAGAUCCGAGAGCAGCAUCCAAACAAAAUCCCGGUCAUCAUUGAACGCUACAAAGGGGAGAAACAGCUGCCAGUGCUGGAUAAGACCAAGUUCCUUGUCCCAGACCAUGUCAACAUGAGUGAAUUGGUCAAAAUAAUCCGGCGCCGCUUGCAGCUGAAUCCCACCCAGGCCUUCUUUCUGCUGGUGAACCAGCACAGCAUGGUCAGCGUGUCCACCCCCAUCUCGGAGAUAUACGAGCAGGAGAAGGACGAGGAUGGCUUCCUCUACAUGGUCUAUGCUUCCCAGGAGACCUUUGGCUUCUGAGGGUUGCUGCGAGGUGGCAUGUGGAGACAGAUGAACUGUGGCACAGAGGCCCCUGGCCUCGGAAGACAACACAGCCAGAGGCUCACAAGAGUGGGGCUGUGCUGACCCCCUUCCUCCCCCUCCCCUCCCCAUCUCCUGUCACCAAAGAGGUUCGUGGCGCGUGUUGGACUCGCACAACCCUUCCCCUCUGUGUAGGUCAGUCCCGCUGCCCCAGGCCCCCGCCCAGGUGUGUGACACCCCACCAGCCAUGCAGGCCCAGGUGGGGCCUGGCCGUGUCCCCGCGCUGCUCUCGCUGUGCUCUGUGUGCUCUGCUGCUGACAGACCCGCUGGGCCACCAUCAGCCACCCCAGCACAGGGAGAGACACCUCUCCCCAGGCACUCAUAAAAGGGCAGGAGGUCUGCAGAAGCAGCUAACAGAUGUUACCAUUGCUCCUGAGUUUUAAUUGAUUUUAAUUACACCCAUAUCUGAUUCUUGGUGCUACUGAGUAGAUGUAGGCGUCUCUAUAGGACUGUGGAUAAUGUAUAUCCUUUAGAUUUAUUUUAUUGGUUUGUUUGUUUGGUUGUUUUUUUUUUUUUAGGGAUAGAUUGGAAUGGGGAGAGGGGGAAACUUUCCUGUAUUCUGUAGGUAAAUAAAUCAGGCUUCAUUGCACUUUAAAGCA